ACAUGGAAUCAACCUAAAUGCCAGUCAAUGAUAGAUUGGAUAAAGAAAAUAUGGUACAUAGAGCAGGACAUCUGGCUUCUGAGCGGGAACCUUUGUAGCGCCAGUGAUGAAAGAGAGAAUUAAAUAUGGGUGUUAUUGAGAAAGGCAAGAAAAUUUUUGUUCAGAAGUGUGCCCAGUGCCACACCGUGGAAAAGGGAGGCAAGCACAAGACUGAGCCUAAUCUCCAUGGUCUCUUUAGGUGGAAGACAGGUCAGCCCAUUGGAUUAUCUUACAUAGAGACUGAUAAGAACAAAGGCAUCACCGGGGGAGAGGAUACACUGAUAGAAUAUUUUGAGAAUCCCAGGAAGUACAUUCCUGGAACAAAAAUGAUCUUUGCCGGCAUUAAGAACAAGGCAGAAAGGGCAGACUUGAUAGCUUAUCUCAAAAAAGCUACUAGUGAGUAA